AGAGUUGUCAAAGUGGUUUUUGUUUUUGACGUGUUUUUGCACUGACCGCUACAUGUAUAUCAUAGACUAAUAUAUAAUACUGGAGAAUGUAUAUUUAUCUAUGGCACUGACUUAGAAGUGUAGAUAGAGAAAUUUUGUUUUGUGGCCGGGCUGUUCUGUUGUUGCGACGUUUGUCGACGGGUGAUAGCAAGUUAAAGAAUUUGAAUAUAAAUCAAAACACAAAUAAGGAGCUGGUUACCAGCCCAGUGUGUCUAAAUAGAGAUUUCAGCUUUAGUAAAAGAUUAACAACAGUUGGCCAUCCUUUGGGAACUAAUAAACUGUCAAGAAGUUUUAGCGAAAAUAUUAUAAAAAUGGCCAAUGUUGAAUCCAAUACCCAAGAAAAACCUAAACAUACUAAUCAGCUUAUAUUUGAGAAGUCACCGUACCUGCUGCAACAUGCACAUAAUCCUGUACAGUGGUACCCUUGGAAUCAAGAGGCCAUUGAGAGAGCUAAAAAAGAAAAUAAACUCAUAUUUCUUUCAGUUGGUUACUCUACUUGCCAUUGGUGUCAUGUAAUGGAAAAAGAAUCUUUUGAGAAUGAAGAGAUUGCGAAGGUCAUGAAUGAAAAUUUUAUAAACAUCAAAGUAGAUAGAGAAGAAAGACCAGAUAUAGAUAGAGUAUAUAUGCUAUUUGUAAUGGCCACUACUGGAAGUGGAGGUUGGCCAAUGUCAGUUUUUCUUACACCAGAACUAAGACCAGUAACUGGUGGUACUUACUUUCCACCUGAAGAUCGCUGGGGACGUCCAGGCUUUAAAAGCAUUUUACUGUCUUUGGCUAAAAAGUGGAAGGAAAAUAAUUCACAAUUUGUUGAAGCCAGUAAUAAUAUUAUGGAAGCAUUGCAAAAAAUAUCUCUGGUUGAUUCAGACGCAUCACCAUCUGUACCUGGUGAAGGUACUUGGACCAAAUGUGUUCGUAGAUAUAUAUCAAUUUAUGAACCCCACUUUGGUGGAUUUGGAUUAGCGCCAAAAUUUCCACAAGCAUCAAUAUUUAAUUUUCUGUUUCAUUAUUAUGCAAGAGACAAGUCAGAUCCUGAAGGAAAAAAGUGCCUUGAUAUGUGCCUUUACACUUUGACUAAAAUUGCCAAAGGAGGUAUUCAUGAUCAUGUCUCUAGUGGGUUUGCUCGCUACUCUGUGGAUAAUGAUUGGCAUGUACCACAUUUUGAAAAGAUGCUUUAUGACCAAGCCCAAUUAAUUGUUGCUUAUACUGAUGCAUAUCUUGCAACAAAAGAAGAAUUUUAUGCAGAUGUGGUUCGUGACAUAAUCAAAUAUGUGAACAGAGAUUUAAGACAUGAAUCAGGUGGUUAUUAUAGUGCAGAAGAUGCAGAUUCCUAUCCAUACCAUGGUGCUCCCCAUAAGAAAGAAGGUGCUUUUUGUGUAUGGGAAUAUGAUGAAUUAAAAUCUCUUCUGGAUGACAAAAAACUUGAUUCAAUAUCUUUCUUAGACAUAUUUUGUCAUUACUUCAAUGUUGAAGUAGAUGGUAAUAUUGCACCGGAAAGUGAUCCCCAUGGGGAACUUAGUAACAAGAAUGUUUUAAUUGUAUAUGGGAGUAAAGAAGAAACAAUAGCUAAGUUUGGACUGUCUUUAGAGCAGUUUGAAAAUGUAAUUUCCGAUUGCAUCAAUAUAUUAUAUGAAGAACGUCAGAAAAGACCUCGCCCCCAUUUAGACACAAAAAUGCUUUGUUCAUGGAAUGGGCUAAUUAUAGCUGGAUUAGCUCAAGCAGGUCAAGGCUUGGGAGAAAAAAAUUACGUGGAGGAUGCGAUUAAAACUGCACAGUUCAUAAAAGCACAUCUUUAUGAUUCUUCCACUAAAACACUAUUACAUUCUUGCUAUAGGGCAGAAGACGAAACUAUUUCUCAGACGAAUGAGCCAAUAAAGGGUUUUCUGGACGACUAUGCAUUUCUCAUUAAAGGCUUACUAAAUUUGUAUGAAGCAUCACUUGACCUGUAUUGGCUGAACUGGGCACGUGAACUGCAAUAUAAGCAGAAUGAGUUGUUUUGGGAUAACGAAAAUGGUGGUUACUUUACAUGUUCUACUUCUGACAGCACUGUAGUUUUGAGGCUCAAAGAAGACCAAGAUGGCGCUGAGCCGUCAGGCAACAGCAUCGCGUGUCACAACCUACAACGUCUGGCAGCGUACGCAGACAAGAGCGAGGCUCCAGAAGGCGGAGACGUUGAAAGGGAAAUGGCUCGGAAGCUGUUGAUUGCUUUUGCCCGCCGCCUCAACGAAUCGCCUACCGCCCUUCCCGAGAUGAUGUCCGCUUUAAUGUUCUACAAUGAUUCUCCCACACAGGUGCUGAUCGCGGGUGGGUGCUCGGACCCGCGCACGCUGGAGCUGCUGCGCGUGGUGCGCGCGCGCCUGCUGCCGGGCCGCGUGCUGGCGGUCGCCGACCCCGCCGCCGACUCGCCCGCCGGUAUGUCCGACAUACUGUUAAGCCGCAUCCUGCCGUCCGGGGACGUGCCGACGGCUUACGUGUGUCGGCGCUACGCCUGCUCGCUGCCCGUCACUGACGUCAAGCAACUCGAGAGCUUGCUCGACGAGCCCGCCAAGCCUUCCAAGUCAGCAAAGCCCACGCCAGACUAGAUUUCUCUCGCACAACUUAAAGUCCAUUCACAAAGUUAUGGGAUAGAUGCAAUAGACUUCAAUAUCGAAAGUGAUUCCUGAUAAAAUAAAUAAAACUUAAACAGAUUUGGCAGCCUGUUUUUUAUUUCUCAAUAACUUAGCAGACGAGUGACUACACAUUAUUGAGAAGUCCCGGUGCAUCUCUAAAACUACUGUUAAUUAGCAAGUGUAAUAUAUAGUUAAUGGUUUUAAUUAGUGAGCUUUAUAAAUUUGUAUAAAAAUGAAGUUAAUUCAACAUAGGCAUGUACAACUUCGGCAUAAUCUUAUAUUAGAUCAUAUUCAUGUAACUAGCGUACGUCAGGAAUGUGGGCGUAACUACUGUAAUUUAUUAGCGUUUAUUCGAAGUUACUGAAAUCUUCCAUUAUUGACAUAUAGUAAUACAAUUGGUCGUUCAUUUCGAAUCUCUUCGUUUUGUAAUUUGCAUGCAUGAUUAAGAAAAAGGUUAAUAAAAUAAACUCGUUUAGAAAACUGCAGUACUAAUAAUUGUUAAGUAGUUUUAGUAUGUAUAUUUAGCAAUAUUAAUGUUGAAUCUUAGAAGAUAAAAUGUUGUCUGUUCUGCAUAAUAACACCACAAAUAAUCUCACUCUGUCUCUCUCUCUCUCCCUCUCUCUCUUUCUCUUUCUAGUUUUAAAAUAAGGGGAAGAAAUAACAUGCUAUUUACGGCAUUAGAUAUGCAUAUUUUUUAUAAGCGACACCAUACACUAUAAAUAGAUAAAAUCUAGAGAAACUAAUAAACUGUUAAAUUAUAAAAAUAAAAAUUAAAUAAUUCAAAGUAUUUGAAGUGAUAACUGAUUUCAAGUAUUUUUGAUGUUUUAACCGGUUCAGUGCGGGUGACACGCCAGGUGUGCCAUCGAUUACUUUUGUGUGGCGUAUGACACACUAGUCGUGUCUUUUUAAAAAUCGGUAUAACUCGCUCAAAUUGCGUUUUUGGAAAAUUUAUCCAGAACAAAAUAUUCAUUAUUUUGCAAGUAGUUCAUGUCUGCAGCUUCGUUUCUGGAUAUUUUGAAAAUUUGAAAUUUUUAGGGGUAGACAACCUUUUUUUAACUUGUACAUGAUACUCUUUUUACUUUGUGGGUUUUCAAUCAUGUUGUGGAAAAAUAGUAUAAUAAGUAACAAAUAAUAGCACUCAUUGCAAUCACUCACAAACUCAAGUUGUAAAUAAAUUUCUGGAAAACAAGUCUCCUGUUAAAAAAACAAUGCGUUUGUCUUGUUUAAAAUGGUUGAACGGCCUACUAUCAUAUGGCCGAAUAGACCUACGAAGUACCAUGUGCUCUUGUGAUAUGGUAUAAGGUUUAUUUUUGCUUGAAACAGUUUGAAACCGUUCAUGCAUAAAAAAAGUUCGCUAAUAAAUAGUCUUUCAGUGAUUAUUAUACAAAAGAGUGACUUUCAAUAAGUAUUAUUUAUAAUCAUCUAUAUUGAAUAAAAAAGUUUCUGUUUCUGUUUCGUCAAUCCGCCACCGUAUAGCGCCGGCGUUUGUUUCCUUUUGAAAACACUUGUUUUGCUAUUCUUACUAAUUAGAUGUUUUCAAAUAGACUUUACUUUUACAUUUGUAUAUCAUUAAAUAAUAUUUAGCAUUUGUAAAUAUUAAUGAAUCAUAAACCUUAUUUUUUUCCAAAUUAAGGUUCUUGAUUGUUUGAUAUUUACAAAUAUUAUUAUUAGGUGAAAAUUUAAUUUUAUAAAAACCAAGGUUUUCUGGGGUGAUUUAGCUGUACCUACUUCUAUAAAUGAUUUUUUUAUAAAACAAAAAAUAGUACAAAAUGUUUGUAAUCUCUUCAUAAAAAAGUCACUCUCCAUUUCAAAGAAAACACGUAGAAAAACACGUAGUUACCCACUAAAAACAAGUAUCCUUCCGUUUGUAACUGAUGUUUGAUGAUAACUAAACUUAAUUAGGUCUAAACAAGUGACACGCCAGGCGUGCCAUGAAAUAUUUGCCGCCACAGCUAAAAGUUGUCGAAAAUUGGUGCCGCUACGUAUCGGUUAAAUUUAGUUUCCUAAACCUUUAGUCUUUUUUUAGACUAGCUGAUAAGAGAGCAAUUUAAUGUCACGUGUUCAGAUUUCAAAAUUAGGUGAUAUAAAUUUUUAUACAGAAAUUUCGUUAUUUCUGUAUAUAUAUUUCUGUACAUAAAGAAUGUUUAAAUAAUUUCUUGCUUCCAAAAAUAUAAAAUAAAUUAAACCAUGUUCAUUAUACGAUAAAAUUUGUCACUAAAUUUAAAACUUUACUAGUCUGCUUUCAAUUUAAAAGUUAUACCUUAUACCUUAAUAUUAUUACAUUAGUUUUAGUAAUCAUCAUAUCAGGAAUGUUAGCUUUUAGUUAUUGUUACAUUUGAUAUCUUAAACCACUUGAAAAAUAUUGAAAUUGAUACUGGUGAGUGUACCAUUAAGUGGCCAUGAAUAUAUUUAGUCUGAUUGUAAUGUGAUAGUGGAAUUAUAACUUAAUAUGUUGAUAAAUAUUAUACAUCAAAUUUAUUAUAAUAUUAUUAUAUAAUUACUGCAAAAAUGUACCUCGAAAUUUUAUCGUGUUAUUUUCAAUUGUUAAUAUUUUUUGUGUAGAAACUAUGUAUUAAGUAUUGUUACGAAACCGCAUUACGUUUUUGUCGUAUUUCUUUACUAAAAGACUUGAAUGUAAUUUGUUUUAAAUUGAUAAUAUAAUUACCCUCAAAACAUUUUAACUAAUUUAACUGUUUCGAACAAUUGAAAUUAUUUGUGAUACGCAAUGUUAUUUUAUUAUCAAAUAAAGCAAUAGAAGU